UGUGAACCCCAUCGUUCGUCUAUGGAAAAACUAUUAAUCUUUGGUAAAUGGUUCUCACCCUGUAUAUAAGCUUCCCGACACUUGACCAAAAAAUCUCAAAAUUCCAUGAAUACCCUAUAAUAUAAUCCCCCUUUAUUAAUUGCGCCAAUAGCGGGUAAUAGGUGUUGGUACAGGUAAUAUACUUUAUUAUUUUUGUAAUGAUAGUAAUACCUACCAGUCAGUAUUACUUUGAUCUUUCGCGUGAAUUGAUUAUUUUAAUUUAUUUGUGGGAUCUGUGAACUUGUGAAGUGAAGUGAAUUAUGUUUGUUAUCUGCGUUAUUGUGAUUUCGAUCCACCAAGUUGCCGCAAGACCUCAAGGGAUUUUAUUUGAUAAAUUUGUGGGGCAUCACAAGGAACCACAAUCAAACAAUACCUCACUCUGGACCAGCGAAAUAUCAGACCAAAUUCAUUUCCCCGAUGAAUUCAAGGAUUUUGACGUUAGGUCGCGCACAGUGGUGCCGAAAUGUGACAGUAAGUUGCCAAUUUGUGAAAACGUCGAGUCCUACCCUUAUAAUUAUCUCAAAAAGGUUUUGGAGAAAAACACGCUGUUUAAGGCUUUUUUCGGCAACGAGGAAUUACCAAAAGACGAUAUAUCGGAAAGAGCAGGAGAAGGUGAAAAUUUCGUCUGCAGAACAGUUACAAAAACCAUUUUUCCUAAAGUAGGACAAAACAAAGACAACAAGUGGAAGUUUAUUAUUAAUCAAGGGGAACAAGACGGAUUUUUGCAAGGAGUUCGGAUCGAGAUAUGUAAAAAUUUGGAUGGCGCCUGUGAUAUACCAGGAAACUCUCUCGAGCAGUUCGGGUACCAAACCUUCUGCAAACAAAAAUAUUUUUACAAAAGACUCUUAUCCCUAGGAAACAACGGCAUACCAGUACCGGAUACUUUUAAAAUUCCAUCGGCAUGCUGUUGCGCCUAUAAACGGAAUUUGGACUUUCUGGCCAAUUUUGGAUCGCGAAUGUCACCAGUUAAAUGAUGUGUUUGAAAAUGUAUACGGUUUUGCUGUGAUAGUUUAGGUUUAAAACCUAUAUGAAUUUGACUACGAAGGUUUUGUAUUAAUAUUAGGCCUUUUUUAAGUAGACUGUGUUUUGAUGUUGAUCUGAUUAAAUCUGAAUUAAAUAGCGAGUUGAUUGAUCUGAUAAGUAAGAGUUGAAGAAAAUAAGAACCGGACCACUGAUUACCGAAUUUUAUGCAAAAAUUGAAAAUGAUAAUUUCGCCCAGUAAACACCAAGAACUAUACUCGGUUGUUAAGCAGACUCGCUCAUACGACUUACUAUAAUACGAAUUAGCCGAUGUCGAUCUAGUAAUAAUUUUACCAAUUCAUGUCACCAUUUGCAAAUUUUGGACCUGCUACAGAAGGUAGUAAAAGCUCAAAGCGAUAGGAUUAAAACUGACGUUCAGUCAAUAAAAGGCAUAAGUCAAUUGAGUUGUAAAAUUUUUAAUCUAAAGCGAAGGGUUAAAUAUUUCAAAGAAAUAAGAAAGAGAUAUCAAGUAAUAAUAUUAGACUUUAAAAAAGAAGCAGACAACUUAUUAAAGAAGCAAGUUCUUGAUUUAUUUUUUAACAAUCUGUUGGUUUCCAGACAUAGCCAAGAUAUUGAUAACAUACAAGGUACAUGGGGAUCUCGAUAUCUUUUGGAGAUACAGCUUAGGUUAGAUUGAGAAAAAAUUGGGUUUUUAACGAUUUCUCCAAAGCCUUUGAUAAGGUUAAGCUUGACUUGCUUGUUAGGAAACAUUCGAUACUGAGAAUGGGUUGACUUUUGGAAUUUCGACAUUGGGAAUUUAAAACCUUUUUGACUUUGAUAAUCUGUUGGGGAGAUUUAGUAGAUUUUUAAAGAGUCGAGCACAAGCAGUUAAAAUCAAAAAACUUCUUGUCUUCAGAAGUUGUAAUUACAUAAGUGUUUCUGAUGAUGUGCAUCUCUCAGCAUUCAUUUUUGAUUGUUUCACCAAUGAUAUUGAAUCUGUCUUUACUACCAUAUCAUUUCAGCUUUUUGCAGAUGAUAUAAAAAAGUGUACAGUCAUUAAGUCACCUUUGGAUUGUUAGUUGCUGCAAAAUGAUCUUAAUGACUUUUUUCUGUGGUGUGUAUAAAAAUAGAUUAAUUUUGAAUCAAUUUACUUUCAAUUACCGAUUGGAUAAUUUUGAGCUUGUUAAUCGUCUUGUUGAUUCUGAACUUACUUUUUCUCACCAUAUUACACGUCCAACAGAGCAAUGCAAUUUUUAAAUUCAUUUUCGGUACCUUGCAGGGAUCUGAGAAUAUUUCUGUAUUGAAGGAUGUUUACUGUGCACGAAUUAGAUCAGUUUUAGAGUACGCAUCCUACAUUUGGCAGCCAUUUUAUAUUAUCCAUGAGGAUAGGAUAGAACGCGUCCAAUGAAAGUUUUUGAGAAAAAUUAGUGUUAAGUUGAAUAUUCCUUAUGAUAAGAUAAAUUGUUCUGAAAUUGAUUCACUUUUAAAAUUACCUUCUUGGAUAUAUACACGUUCUUCUUGGAUGCUCCUGAUCUGCUUGCAGCUAUUGGUUUUCAAUUUCACCCAUUAUUUCUAGAAAUAAAUUACUUUUUAAUGUUAAUUUUCACAGAACUAACUACGGAAUAAAUGCUCCAAUUUCUAGAAUCUUUAAUUUGGCAAAUUUUUUGACAAAAAAUAAUAAUAUUGACCUUUUUUAUGGUUCAUUCAAUAGGUAGAGUUUUAUACUGAUUUGCUGUUAUACUAAAUUUUGUUUUUGUUUUGCAUUACCUUCUGUGAU